AUGGCCGCGGCCCCCCUACUUCGACGCACCGACUCAGCCAGGGGGGACUUUUCCCCCUUGAAACACUUUGUGGUGGCCAAGAAGACCAUAACUGAUCUGUUUGAACAGCUUCUCAAUUACGUGACAGAGACCUGCGAGUUUGUGGAGGAAACAUGCGGGAAUAAAGCGAUGGAGAAAAUUGCAAGUCUGGAUCAAAAGUUGGAGAUUCAGGCGUAUGCUGAUAAACUUGCUGUCAUCAAGGACGUUUUGGCUCGCAGACACAUGAAAGUGGCCUUUUUUGGGAGGACAAGUAACGGUAAAAGCACAGUGGUCAAUGCUAUGCUGAGGGACCGAGUGCUACCCAGCGGUAUCGGUCACACCACCAACUGCUUCUUGAGUGUCGAGGGGACCGAUGAAGACAAGGCCUUCCUCAAGACUGAAGGCUCAGAGGAGGAGAAGAGCAUCAAGACUGUAAACCAGCUGGCUCAUGCCUUGCACAUGGAUGAGAGUUUGGACGCUGGCUGUCUCGUUCGAGUGUUUUGGCCAAAGACCAAGUGCGCACUACUUCGGGACGACCUGGUGCUUGUAGACAGCCCUGGGACAGAUGUCACGCCAGAGUUGGACAGCUGGAUUGACAAGUUUUGCCUGGAUGCCGAUGUCUUUGUGCUGGUUGCCAAUUCUGAAUCCACGCUCAUGAACACGGAAAAGCAUUUUUUCCACAAAGUCAACGAACGAUUGUCCAAGCCCAACAUCUUCAUCCUCAACAAUCGCUGGGACGCCUCCGCCAAUGAACCAGAAUACAUGGAAGAUGUGAGAAAGCAGCACACAGACCGUUGCGUGGACUUUCUUGUCGAAGAGCUGAAGGUCGUUGACCGCGAACAGGCACCCAACCGCAUUUUCUUCGUCUCCGCCAAAGAGGUGCUGAACUCCCGCAUGCAGCGGGCACAGGGCAUGCCCGAAACAGGUGGCGCCCUAGCAGAGGGCUUCCAGGAGAGACUAAAAGAGUUCCAGUGCUUUGAAAGGAGGUUUGAGGAGUGUAUCUCGCAGUCAGCAGUGAAAACAAAGUUUGAGCAGCACACAAUCAGGGCCAAGCAGAUCACAGAAAAAGUCCAGUGCGUCAUGGACAUCAUCAACAUCGAGGCGGCAGAGAAGAGAGUGGCAGCACUGGAGGACAGGGAAUAUCAAAUAGACCGGCUGGAUUUUGUGAGGAAUCAGCUCAGACUGCUGAUUGAAGACAUCAAUAAGAAGAUCAAGGCCAUCAGUGAGGAUGUGGAGUCAAAGGUGUCCAACGCCAUGGGUGAGGAGAUCUGCCGUCUGCAUGUGAUUGUGGACGAGUUCCAUGCAGACUUCCACCCCUCGCCUCACGUCCUCAAUCUCUACAAGUCUGAGCUACUGUGUCACGUGGAAGAGGGAAUGGGAAAGAAUCUGGCUUUCCGCUGCUCAGAUGCAGUCAACGCCUCCGUCCAGUCAAUUCAGAGAUUUAUGACCGAUAGCAUGAUGCCUUUGCUGCCCUCCGCCAGCCAGAACCAAAUCCACAUGCUGGGGCCCAACAGGAAGUUGGACCUAAGUUACAACCUCAACUGCGCCUCGCUGUGCAGCGACUUCCAGGAGGACAUAGAGUUUCGCUUUUCUUUUGGCUGGACGGCAUUGGUGCACCGUUUCCUGGGCCCUGUCAACGCUGAGAGAGCACUCAAACUAGUGGACCAGAAACUGCAGUUUUCUUCAUUUUCAGCAGAAACAGCCCUCAUGACACAAGAAGACCUUAUGGUCGCCAUGGCAACCAACGCCGCAUCCCUCACCUCCCGCAUGUCAAUGAGCGCUAUUGUCGUCGGAGGAGUGGUGUGGAGGACAUUGGGUUGGAGGCUGAUCGGCUUGAUGGGCUCCUUAUAUGGCUUGCUGUACCUCUACGAACGCCUCACGUGGACCACUAAGGCCAAGGAGCGUAGCUUGAAGCGUCAAUUUGUGGACUAUGCCACUGAGAAGUUGCAGCUCAUUGUCAGCAUCACCAGUGCCAACUGUAGCCACCAAGUGCAGCAAGAGAUGGCUACCACCUUUGCUCAGCUCUGCCGUGAGGUGGAGACGACGCAGAAGGAGCUCGAGGCAGAAAUCCACCGACUGAGCGCCAACAUCGAGCAGCUGGAGGGUGUCCAGGGACGCUCCAAGAGUCUACGGCACAAAGCCAGUGAGCUGGAGAAACAGUUGGAGACCUUUACAAAGCAGUACUUGCAGCCUCAACACUGA